AUGACCUCCGCUUCCCGUCUUUAUCUACCGGUCGAUCUCCGGCGAAGAUGUCGAUUUCUCGGCAGAGCUGUUGAACUUGCUCACAACCGAGAAAGAAAAACCCCCUCAAGUGCGUUUUUCAGUUCCCAAGCCUCAACUGCGGCUGGGGUUCUCGCGUGGGCGAUGGCCGCCGUUUUAACCGGCAAUCUUGCUACGCUUCCAGAUGUCUUUCCAGCUUUCUUAGCCUUCUUUCUAUUGUUUGUAGGCAUUGGGACAGGUGAGGCAUUCACCGGAACUUAUGGCAUAAAUUACGGUAGAAUAGCUGAUAAUAUUCCUCCACCUGAAAUAGUGGUCUCUCUUCUUAAAGCAGUAAAGAUCAAGAAUGUUAAGAUCUACGAUUCCGAUCAUGGCGUGCUUAGGGCAUUUAAGGGAUCCGGGCUUGAGUUAGUUGUGGGACUCAGCAAUGACUAUGUCAAAGAAGUAAAUUCCAGUGAAGACCGAGCCAUGGAAUGGGUUAAGGAAAAUGUUCACUCAUGGUUACCUGAUACACAUAUCAGAGGAAUAGCAGUUGGUAAUGAAGUUCUCGGAGGGGCAGACCAGGACCUCGAAGCAGCAUUGUUUGGUGCAAUAAAGAACGUUUAUAAGGCUUUAUCGCGGCUUAAACUGACUGAUCUUAUUAAAAUCUCGUCACCGCACUCACAGGCUGUUUUCGCUAACUCAUAUCCUCCAUCAAAUUGCACAUUUAAAAGCAGUAUUUUUCAGUAUAUGAAGCCCAUCUUGGACUUCUUUUCAGAGAUUGAUUCUCCUUUUUCGCUCAAUAUAUAUCCAUUUAUAGCAUACAAAGGUGAUCGUCAGCAUAUUGACCUUAAUUAUGCUUUAUUACAGCCAAAUCAUGGAAUAGAUGACCCUAUCUCUAAUCUGCAUUAUGACAACAUGUUUGAUGCUGAGAUAGAUGCAGCUUAUGCUGCUUUGGAAGCUGCAGGGUAUGGUAAAAUGGAAGUUGAGAUUACUGAGACAGGAUGGGCUUCUGGUGGUGAUGAAGAUGAAACUGGAGCUUCGCCUCAAAACGCUCAGACAUACAAUUAUAAUCUACGCAAAAGGCUUUUCAAGAGAAAAGGAACACCACGAAGACCCAAAAUUGUUAUAAAAGCAUAUAUAUUUGCCUUGUUUAAUGAGGAUUCGAAGCCAGGGCCAGGUUCUGAGAGGCAUUAUGGACUAUUUAAGGCUGAUGGGAGUAUUUCGUAUGAUAUUGGGCUUUCUGGUGUUUCAUCGUGGCAUGCAUCAUCCUCAUUUUAUGCUCUAAAGGAUUUCUCUGCCAGAGGUUGUUUGUGGCCCUCUUCUUUGGUUUUAGUUACUUGUAUAUGGAUCCUGCUUCUUGAUCAGUAAGUAUUUAAGUCAAAUUUAGUCCCACAUUUCUGUAAUAGUUCUCUCUUAUACAGAUGCAGCAAAAAAUCACUAAGAGUAGGAAUGGUUUUCUGUGCAUCACGUGUUCUUGUGCAAUUAUUUAUAUUAUUUGACUGUUGGAGUCUGUUUUUCCUUCCGUGUUUUCACAUUCAUUAUCUUAAAAUAGUG